AUGGCGGCGCGGAGCGGGGUCCUGUGGCUGCUGCUGCUCUGGCUUUCUGCGUCCUCGCUGCCCGAUGGCGCCCGUGGCUCGGAGGCGGUUGGGACAGCGGAGUCGCCGGGCGGCGCCGGCCCCGGGGAGCGGUUUAAGAUCGAGGGCCGGGCCGUGGUGCCCGGGGUGAAGCCGCAGGACUGGAUCGCCGGGGCCCGCAGCAUAUUGAAAUGUAGUGGAAUUUACUGUUUUUUCAGGACAGAUGGAAGUUUUGUGGUUCAUGAUGUACCUUCGGGAUCUUAUGUAGUGGAAGUUAUAUCCCCUGCUCAUAAAUUUGAGCCCGUGCGAGUUGACAUAACUUCAAAAGGCAAAAUGAGAGCAAGAUAUGUGAAUUACAUCAAAACCUCUGAAGUUGUCAGGCUGCCAUACCCACUCCAGAUGAAGUCUUCUGGACCUCCUUCAUACUUUAUAAAGAGAGAAUCUUGGGGAUGGACAGAUUUCCUCAUGAACCCUAUGGUGAUGAUGAUGGUUCUUCCAUUACUGAUAUUUGUGCUUUUGCCUAAAGUUGUCAACACCAGCGAUCCUGAUAUGAGACGAGAAAUGGAGCAGUCAAUGAACAUGCUGAAUUCCAACCAUGAGCUGCCAGAUGUCUCUGAAUUCAUGACAAGACUUUUCUCUUCAAAAUCUUCCAGCAAGUCGGGUAGUAGCAGCAGUAAAGCAGGGAAAAGUAGUUCUGGAAAAAGGAGGUAGUUAAGUCUUCCUCCUAAGCCUGAGUUUGCACAACUGUUUGUUUUGUGGUAUCAUGUUUAUUUGUCUUGAAAGAUCAAAAAGCCACUACUGUAAACUUUAAUCAGACACAAAGUAUGGUAUGCUACAACUGUGGUGUGUAGCUUUUUUUAGUCUAUAUAAGCUGUUUUGUACUUGACAGUAAGCAAAAGAGGACAUGGCUUCAAUACUGUAUCUGUAUAAAGUUAUUAAUGAUACUGAAUUAACUAUAUUGUUCUGUAGAGAAUUAUUAUAAAUUAUAUGAUGUGCUAAACAGUAA